CAACCGCCAUCAAAUCUACGGUCCAAAUCAUUAACAAAACCACCGACGAAGCUGGUAUCAGUCAACCUGUUGACUCCUUCCUUUUACCUUUAUACCCUCAAAAUAAAACUCACCGACAAAUACAAAGUUCUGUUAUUAACUAACUCCCCCAGGGUCAUUUACGACAUUCAAAAUACAUUACAGACAUAUUCUCCCGCGAGAGAGAGAACAAUCGAUUACGUAACAACCAUUUUUCCACUGAAUCCUCUCCCACUUUCUCUCCGCACUCCAAUCGGGUCGGGUCAGAUCCGUACCCUCCAACUAAAAAACACAGUGCAUUAGGUUGUUGAUGCUGUUAAUUUUUUUUCCCUUUUCUGUUUAACAAUUUCUGACAUUUAAUUUAUCCACCAUCGAUCUGAAACUGAAUUGUUAAAAUACCUAAUUCCAAACAUAGACAUUGUAGUUGUCAUUCGUUGUCGCGUAAGCUGUAACAAUUCAUUUCUCUCUUCUACUGCAUUGAAUUAAAUAACAAUGUGUUUGUUUGGGGUUUGAUCAAAUCCCCAAACUCUGUUUCUGCAUUUGUGUUUUUUGCUUUUGAAACGCGCUUUGUUUUUGCAUAAUGGGAGGAAAAUCGAGGUCAAGAGGAUGCUGUGGUUGGUUUAUUGCGUUUGUGAUUUUUGCUCUUGUAGUUGGUGCUGUUGUUUAUACCAUUAAGAAGAAAAUAGAUAACUCCGAUUCCGAUAAACCUGCUCCGGUUCCGGGACCUCCUGGCGCCAUUGAACAGAAAUAUUCUACUGCACUCAAAACCGCAAUGCAAUUCUUCGAUGUACAAAAAUCUGGUAAGUUAGAGAACAACAAAAUAAGUUGGAGAGGGGAUUCAGCACUUAAGGAUGGAAAGCAAGCAAAUUUGGAUCUAUCAAAAGGAAUGUACGAUGCCGGUGAUCACAUGAAGUUUGGUUUUCCGAUGGCUUUUACUGCCUCAGUGCUAUCGUGGGCGAUUCUGGAAUAUGGAGAUCAAAUGGAUGCUGUUGGUCAGUUGGAACCAGCACAAGAUUCGCUCAAGUGGAUCACUGAUUUUCUCAUCAAUGCUCACCCUUCGGAGAAUGUUCUGUAUAUUCAGGUCGGUGAUCCUGUUGCAGAUCACAAGUGUUGGGAUAGACCCGAGACAAUGACCGAGGAACGACCCCUCACGCAAGUGAACACAUCCUGUCCUGGAUCAGAUGUUGCAGCUGAAACUGCAGCAGCCAUGGCAUCAGCAUCUUUGGUCUUUAAAAAAUCAGAUUCUACAUAUUCAAGCACUCUCCUCAAGCAUGCAAAACAGUUAUUUACUUUUGCAGACAAGUAUAGAGGAAUUUACAGUGAGAAUAUACCUGAUGUCCAGAUAUAUUACAACUCAACUGGAUAUGGAGAUGAGCUUUUAUGGGCAGCUACCUGGCUCUAUCAUGCUACAGGCGAUAAUUCUUACCUUCAGUAUGUGACUGGCGAAAAUGGAGAAGAAUUUGCUCAAUGGGGAAGCCCAACCUGGUUCAGUUGGGAUAACAAGCUUGCUGGAGCUCAGGUUUUGUUAUCUAGGUUAAGCUUCUUCAAGGAAAAGGAACUUUUAAGUUCAUAUGGAUCUGGCCUCCAGAAAUACAGGAAAUCUGCUGAGGCUGUUAUCUGUGGCCUUCUUCCAGAUUCUCCAACAGCCACAAAAAGCAGAACAAAUGAUGGUCUGAUAUGGGUGAGCGAGUGGAACGCUUUGCAGCAUCCUGUUGCAUCUGCAUUCUUAGCUGCUGUUUACAGUGACUAUAUGCUUACGUCGCAGACUCCCAAAAUAGAAUGUGAUUCAGAUUCCUUCACUCCAUCAGAUCUUCGUGACUUUGCCAGAUCUCAGGCUGAUUAUGUGUUGGGAAAGAAUCCUAUGCAUAUGAGUUUUCUGGUGGGAUAUGGAAAAAAAUUCCCGCAAUUCGUGCAUCACAGGGGUGCUUCAAUUCCCGCUGAUGCAUCAACUGGUUGCAAGGACGGUUUCCAGUGGCUUGAUUCAUCUGAUCCGAAUCCCAAUGUAGCUACUGGAGCACUUGUUGGUGGACCCUUCUUAAAUGAGACUUACAUUGAUUCCAGGAACAAUUCUGAGCAAGCAGAACCAAGCACAUAUAACAGUGCUGUCCUAGUUGGUCUCUUAUCAAGUUUAGUCACCACAUCUUCUGCACUUAAAUCUCUUUCCUAAAUUGUAGCUUCUUCUUCGUCCUCAAAUCCACUAAAAAGAAAGUUGACUCGGAUUUGUGCUUUAUGUAGCAUUAUUCAUUUCCUGAUUAUCACAAAUUAUAAGUGUAUGGAUCAUCAUACUGUAACGAUACGAGUGAUUUUAUGAGUGUGAACCAUGGUGUCCGGAUAGGUUAGUCGGUAAUUUAUACAGGUGAAGGUUUGAUUUGAAAUUGGUACCUCACCAAAUAUGAGCUAUUUUGUUGUACUUGUUUGCAGAACAUAUUGUUAAUUCUUGUUAGGAUUAUUAAACGGUUAUCAAAUUAUUGAUCUUUGGUUGUCUUUCAUUGUACAAGCAAUCUGUAUGACACAAUUCUAUAUUUUCAUGGCA